CGACUGAGUGAACCAUCUCGUUCACAGAGGAUCUUGGGUUCCGCUGUGACCGGACGGACCAGUCCCGUCUGACCUGUAGUGAAACUUCCGCAGUGUCAGCGCUUCUGAGCCCGAUAUAAAAUGCCGCCUCCUGUCUUUCACCCUCUUCUGAGUGGAGACAGGGUCUGACAAACUGUUUACCAGAACCAAACAACAACCACUGCCUCUUGCGUAACAAAAUAAAAUGACCACCUCCGCUCAGCCCAUAUUCUCCAAGGGAGAGGACUGCAAGGCACACUGGGAGGACGCUAGCGCUGGCUACAAUGAAGCCGAUACACACCUCCAGAUCAUGGGCAAACCCGUAAUGGAGCGCUGGGAGACACCGUACAUGCACUCCCUGGCCACCGUUGCAGCCUCAAAAGGCGGUCGGGUUCUGGAGAUUGGUUUUGGUAUGGCCAUCGCCGCCACUAAAAUUGAGUCUUUCCCGAUUGAGGAGCAUUGGAUCAUUGAGUGCAAUGACGGUGUCUUCACCAGACUUGAGAACUGGGCCAAGUCUCAGCCCCAUAAGGUCGUCCCUCUGAAGGGCCUGUGGGAGCACGUUGUUCCCACCCUGCCAGACAACCACUUCAAUGGUAUCCUGUAUGACACAUACCCUCUGUCAGAGGAGACAUGGCAUACCCACCAGUUUGACUUCAUUAAGGGCCACGCUCACAGGCUGCUGAAGGCCGGCGGUGUCCUCACCUACUGCAACUUGACCUCCUGGGGCGAGCUGCUCAAGACCAAAUACGACAACAUUGAAAGGAUGUUUGAGGAGACUCAGGUGCCUCAUCUUCUUCAAGCUGGCUUUAAGAAGGAGAAGAUUAGCACCACCACAAUGGACAUUGUACCACCCAGCGAAUGCAAAUACUAUUCCUUCAAUAAGAUGAUCACUCCCUCCAUCCUCAAAGAGUAAAGUCUACAGACACUACUUUAGCUUUUUUUUUUUUAUUCAAAUGUGCCUUUUGACCUGACCCCACUGACCUCAUUCUGUUUCACUGUCCGCCACAUUUCAAUAAACCCAAGCCCAUCCCUCUG